AUGCUGGAGGUAACAGGCAGGCUACCUUCAGCAAGUCCGCAGAUGCUGUCCUACUUUGCCUAUGGCUUCCGACAGAACAGGGUCUCGGAGGCAGUGCUGCUGCCAUUGCUGAGGGUGGCAGCCAAGCCAGACACGCUCUCUGCUUUCACAUCUCAGCAGCUAUCAAGCAUUCUAUUCUCAGUGACUUUCUGCGGCUGCUCACCAUCACACGACUUGGUGGCAUUAAUGACCGAGGCAGUUAGUGAUCGCCACCUGUCUAAGUUUUCAGAGCAGGGGUUAACCAAUGUGAUGUCCUCCAUGGCUCUGUGCAAAUACUCAGAUGAGGCACACAUAUCGCAAGUCUGCGGUGAGAUAGCAAAGCCCAAUAGGCUGGCCGAGUUUUCUGAGCAUGGAUUGGUCCAUGUGGUCAUCAGCUUGGGAAGGUUAAAAAUCACAGGCUUGGGUGUCGUCAUCGCGGUGCUGCAUGAGAUCUCAAAGCCUGGGCGGUUGGCACGCCUCAGGGAAUGGGAGCUUGCAAUGGUGGUCUACAACAUGGGCCAGUUGAGGUUCAGGGGAAAGCGAGUCACAAGGUCUGUGGUGCAAGAGGUGGUGAAGGAUGAUAGGGUAAAGAGAUACAAGAAGGUGGACCUUGCAAAUCUCAUUUACGGGUUUGGCGCCAUGAGGCUCGAAAACUCUGGUCCUGUGAUAGAGAAGUUGCUGGAGCAGGCAGUGAGGCCAGACGUGCUGCAAGAAAUGAGGAAUCACGAUUUUGCGAACAUUAUAAAUGGCUUGGGGGUGUUGAAAUUCAGUGGGCAAGGGCCGCUGCACGCGCUUGCCAAGGUGGUGACAGCGCCAGACAGAUUGAUGGGCAUGGGCAAUCCCGAAUUUUCUUCAAUUGUUCUGGGCUUGGGGCACAUGGGGCUGUCCCACCCUGCACACAUUGCUGCUCUUAUGAAAGAGGCCGCAUCGGAAGAUCGACUGCAGAGUUAUAGGAGCCAGGAUCUGUCACAGGUGAUAACUGGACUGGGAUGCAUGACACAAGAUGACUUGCAAAUACCAGAGGCCCUGCUCCAGGAAGCUGGCAAGCCAACUCGAAUGCCAAACUUCAAGGAACAUGAAAUCUGCUCAAUGGCACAGACGCUGAGUAUUGUGGAGCCAAGUGACCCUUCAUUCCUGGAUGCACUUGUUGAGGAGGUGUCAAGGCCACAGCGUUUGUCGAAAUUCACUCAAAGUGAGCUGUCCAGUCUCUCUCGGUGCCUGGCCAAAGCUGGGCACAAGGAUGAGACUGUUCUUCGGUUGCUUUCAGCCCAGAUGAUCAAGCAACAUUUUCCGCAGUGA